AGGAAAGUCAGACAUUAUAGAGACAGAGGGACAAGGCACUGUUACCCUAACAGACUCCCUCUCUAAACCCUCUGCCAAUACCCCGGGAGCUUGAGAUUUGGCGUGCAUAUUUUGAUUAUCUUCAGUUCAUGACUUGUGGCGGAAAAGAUGGCUCUUGUUUUUGCUGAAGAGUUUGCUUAUUGCUCCUUCCGUUAGUUGUUUUUAGGUGUUUUGUUAAACUUACAGGAGACUUUACAGUUCAUUACUGAGUGACUCUUUAAGCCGUGUCUUCCAACGGACUAACGUCGCUCCUUCUUUGGACUGUCUCGAUCUGCCUUCACCAAUGCUGACCGAACCGUGUGGAGCCAUGUCGAUGGGGUCAGAUGUUCGAGAUCUGACCCUCUUACCUCCAGUGCCCCCUGUGUCGUCCUUACCAGGCGCUGGGGGUGGCUGUGGGAUGUCCGUUGGUGGUGGCCAGUGGACCCAGCUGCUGGACCUCCACCCUGGCUCUCCCUACAGCUCCCUGCCCUCCCACCACUCCCUCAUCAAGCAGGAACCCGGUUGGGGCGCCACAGAUCCAAUAGAGGACCCUCACUGUGGACUCGGGGCCUUCACAGUGCACUUCUCGGGCCAGUUUACAGGCUCGGGCCCCUGUCGAGUUGGGGCCUUCGGAGAGCCAACUGCAGGUCAACCCCUGAUGUUUCCCAAUGGAACCUACCUGCCUGGCUGUAUGGACAGUCCUCCUGCACCCAGGAACCAGGGCUAUGGAGCAGUGGGUUUAGAGAGCAACCCCAGUUAUGGUCACACUCCGUCUCACCACACCCCUCAGCUCUCCAGUCUGUCCUUCAAACACGAGGACACUCUGUCACCGCCAAACAACAUAGUUGACCAGUACCCUGCUCCUCCUCCCAUGUUUGGUUGCCACAAUCCAUCUGAAUCCUGUCCAAGCAGCCAAGCUCUGCUGCUGAGAAACUACAACAGUGAUAACCUGUACCAAAUGGCAUCUCAGCUCGAUUGUGUAACAUGGAACCAAAUGAACAACCUGGCAUCUUCCAUGAAAAGUGGCCAUCCACCCAGCUAUGACAGUGAUCCCACAGCCCCUCCUCCACCCAUGCUCGUCAGUGCCCAGUACCACAUACACACACACGGUGUCUUCAGAGGACUUCAGGAUGUUCGACGCGUAGCUGGUAUUGGUCCACCAGUUGUGAGGUCAUCAUCAGAGGCCAACGAAAAGCGUCCAUUUGUAUGUGCUUAUCCUGGUUGCAGCAAGAGAUACUUCAAACUGUCACAUCUGCAGAUGCAUGGCCGCAAACAUACAGGAGAGAAGCCUUACCAGUGUGAUUUCACAGACUGCGGCCGCAGAUUCUCUCGCUCGGACCAGUUAAAGAGGCACCAGCGCAGACACACAGGAGUGAAGCCCUUUCAGUGCGAGACCUGUCAGAGAAAGUUUUCACGGUCAGAUCAUCUUAAGACACACACUCGGACUCAUACAGGUAAAACAAGUGAGAAGCCGUUUACCUGCCGCUGGUCCAACUGUCAGAAGAAGUUUGCUCGCUCUGACGAGCUGGUGCGCCACCACAGCAUGCACCAGAGGAACCUGACCAAGCUGCAGCCUGCCAUCUGAGCAGCGAGAGGAGGAGGAGGACGAAGAGGAAGGUGACAUUAUGUCGUGCCAGCGAGUGGAGGAGGACGCUGGAGCCUGGUCAGCGGUUAUGGUGCCUUGCCAGACUCGCUGAAGUGGUGAGUCCAGCUGAUGCCUCCCUCUGCCAGACGACGUCAAGAGACUCUGAUGAACCCCCGAUCUUCAUGAUGCACCUCAACUAGAACUAGUUCUGGUGAUUUUACUUAAAAACUCAGACUGAGAGGGUACAAUACCACAGUGAUCCUGAGCCAAGAAGAAAAUUGUUUUUAUGUGAGAUGAGGAAAAUGUUGAUACACUCUUUUGGAUAUUUUAGUACACUUGCACUGGCUUCUUUUUUAUUGUUAAAAUGGUGUCACCUUGAAAAUGUGCAGGACAAUUUAAACUGGAUUUAGGAAAUAGACAAUGUGUCUCUUUUUGUCUAUUAAGUUGAGGUUUUUUGCUUUGGGGAAUGUGAACAUCCUUAUAUUCUUACAGUAUAUAUAUAGUCUCUAAAUUGCUUUGUAUAUAUGUGGUGUAUUUGCUUAUCUUUAUGAUGUUCCUUUUGUAUUUGUUAUGUCUUUUCUAAGUUUAUAAAAUGUUGAUUCAC